GCAUCAGAGAUACAGAGACUAGAAGAGUCACAGAAAAAUGUAAAAAUAAUAAUAAGAAGAAAUAAAUAAAUAGAUAGGGGGGGGAAGAAAAAUGUACUUAGGUACAGUAACAUAGUAUACUUGGAAGUAUACUUCGUUACUUCCCAUCACUAGUCGCUAGUUCCGCUUCUCCAGUCUUCUCGCCAUAGCGGAAUUACCAUCGAAGGGCCCAAAAAGAUAGAAGGGGGUGGAAAAAAGUUGCACUGUUUAUAGUUGUCACUUUUUUUCUACUUGACUUGACUUAUGCCCGAGUUUCAGAUGAAGUACUGUACUUUUCUUGGAAUUACGAACCUCUUUUAAAGCACCGAGGAAGGAUCGAACACGGGCAGUCGAGGAGUUCUGUUCACGUUCCAACUGCCGUGGAAGCUCUCCGUUCUACCUUCCUCUCGUGCCUGCACAUCCUGCGGUGGUGCAUGAGCACACGUGUGCUUCAGGGCUGCUCCCUCUCCGCUUGCCGCCCUGUCCGUCCUCGCCCCCCCGCCCCCGCCCCAUCCUCCUCAUCUCCUGUGAAAACAACAAAAACAAACUCUUGUGUGAGCAAUGUGCGACAACAGCGACCCCGAGGACAAGCCCCCUGCCCCGCCGGUCCGCAUGAGCAGCACCAUCUUCAGCACCAGCUCCAGUAAAGACUCGCUGUCGGCGAACCACAGCUCCAAGCCGCUACCGUCGGUACCAGAGGAGCGAAAGCCUCGUAGCAAGAUCAUCUCCAUCUUUUCCGGGGCGGAGAAAGGCGGAAGAAAGAAAGAUCGAGACAAGGAGCGACCGGAGAUUUCGCCGCCUUCCGAUUUUGAACACACCAUACAUGUUGGCUUUGAUGCUGUCACGGGGGAGUUCACUGGAAUGCCGGAGCAGUGGGCUCGGCUACUCCAGACCUCGAACAUCACCAAGUCGGAACAAAAGAAGAACCCGCAGGCCGUGCUGGACGUCCUCAAGUUCUACGACUCCACAGGCAACGGGCGGCAGAAGUACCUCAGCUUCUCAUCUUCUGAAAAAGAAGCAUUCACUCCAGGGCCACAGUCUCCAGUCAAAAAAGGCGCCGAGCCAACAUCCCCGACUAUCAAAGCCAUUGACGACGACGAUGACGACGAAGCCCCGCCUCCCGCCGUGGCUCCCAGACCGGAACAUACCAAGAGUGUGUACACGCGCUCCGUCAUCGACCCCCUCCCCGCGCCCAGCCUGAGCACGGACGGCGAUGCGGCGUCCAAGGCCACCGACAGACAGAAGAAGAAGGGCAAGAUGUCGGAUGAGGAAAUCAUGGACAAACUGAGAACUAUAGUCAGCAUUGGCGACCCCAAGAAGAAAUACACCAGAUAUGAGAAAAUUGGGCAGGGAGCUUCUGGAACAGUCUUCACUGCCAUCGACGUUGCCACAGGACAAGAGGUGGCCAUUAAACAGAUCAACCUCCAAAAGCAGCCCAAGAAGGAGCUGAUCAUCAACGAGAUCCUGGUGAUGAAGGAGCUCAAGAACCCCAACAUUGUCAACUUCCUCGACAGUUUCCUGAUGGGGGAGGAGCUGUUUGUGGUGAUGGAGUACCUGGCGGGAGGCUCACUCACCGACGUGGUCACGGAGACGUGCAUGGACGAAGCCCAAAUAGCCGCCGUGUGCAGAGAGUGUUUACAAGCGUUGGACUUCUUGCACGCCAACCAGGUCAUUCACAGAGACAUUAAAAGUGACAACGUGCUGCUCGGCAUGGACGGCUCCGUCAAGCUGACCGACUUCGGCUUCUGCGCCCAGAUCACUCCGGAGCAAAGCAAGCGCAGCACCAUGGUGGGAACGCCCUACUGGAUGGCCCCCGAGGUGGUGACCCGCAAGGCCUAUGGGCCCAAAGUGGACAUCUGGUCGCUGGGUAUCAUGGCCAUCGAGAUGGUGGAGGGAGAGCCCCCCUACCUGAAUGAGAACCCGCUACGAGCCUUGUAUCUGAUCGCCACCAACGGGACGCCCGAGCUGCAGAACCCCGAGAAGCUGUCGCCGGUCUUCCGAGACUUCCUCAACCGAUGCCUGGAGAUGGACGUGGAGAAGCGAGGCGGCGGGAAAGAGCUCCUGCAGCAUCCCUUCCUGAAGCUGGCCAAGCCGCUGUCCAGCCUCACGCCGCUCAUCCUGGCCGCCAAGGAGGCCAUGAAAGGCAAUCGUUAAGAAGACCACACACACACCACGUGCCAACCGUUUCAAAUUUGUGCCAGACUGAAAGUAAAAAAUGAAAUCAAAUAAAAAAUCACUGUGAAGAAGACCAAAACAUGUCAAGCAUGAAAGACACGGGUGCGUGCACACACACACACACACACACACACACACACACACACACACACACCAUUCGCUGUCCAUAUGAAGUCUGACAAACUCUGGUUAGGACUGGGCUUGUAUUUAAUGAAGAUGAUGCCUCGUUCUAGUUUUUAGUGUUAUUGUCAUUUUUUUUAAUCGACUGCCUUAAACAAAUGCAAAAGUGUUGUCUAAUGUAUUGUUGAUUUGUGUCCCUCCUGUGAUUUGUACUACCUUUUUGUAAUUUUACCUUUCUCCGCUCUGUCAGCGUCUUUGUAGUUCUUUUGAUACUUGAAUAUCUCUUUCUCUCUUUCUGUCUCUCAUUCUAUUUCAUUCGACUGCUUUUAUAGGAAACAUUUCAAGAGCACGAUGGUGUCUUUCUGUUGAAUUCACACACACUCACACGACAGAGCUACUGUACCACGUUAGUCCUUUGAUAGCAGAGGUGCACCUUACAGGAAAGUUCAUUUUACAUGGACAGGGUUUAUAUUUUCUUCUCUAUUUGUUGAUAUUAAAAAUGGAAAAAUUGUUA